CACCCCUCUCCUCUCCUCUCCUCUCCUCUCCUCUCCUCUCCUCUCCUCUCCUCCCCUCUCCCCGGGUGUGUGAGCCAGGAUCACCGCUCCAUGCAACGGAGAACCGCAGGGAAACGAUGACACCGGAGGUGAUGGAACCACGAAAGGACUAACAGCGUUACGGGAAAGGGGGCACAGGCUCUCAGUGUGGAGCUGAAGAACAGCGAGACAAAGUGAGGACAGAACAAGCUGAAGGUUGCACAAGAGGCUGUCUGGCCCUAUGUCUGCCCCUGCUCCAGCCAAUCGGAGGUCUGCGUUGGGCUCUCGCCGAUUCAACCCACUGAAGGCGUUGCAGCCCAAACGCCGCUUGCAGCAAAUACUGGCGUCCUCGCCCGUCCCGGUGCCCAAGCCGGCAUUGGGGUCGGGGACAGGGACAGGGACAGGGAAGGGGACGGCUGUGCCAGCGGCCACGGCACCGGUGGCCAUUCCUGUGCCAGCGCCCCCUGCGUUUGACUACUGCAGGUUCAUAGAGCUAGACUACGUUCCUAUGGAGACAGGCUAUAUGGUCUCAAUGCGCCCGACUAAAGGCUACGCAUCGAACAAGUCACCGACUAAAGGAUACGCUGCCACCAAGUCUCCAGAUCGCCACAGCCGUUCAACGAACUCUCCCUCGACCCCUCGUUGUCGGCGGACCCCGGCCGCGCCUAGUAAUAGAGAUCCCCAUGGCAACACCUCCCUUAGCAACAGCAGCAACUCAGGCUCUUGCAAAGGCAGCGACUGCAGCCCCACCAAAGGACGUCAUCAGAAGUACACGUCAUGUACGGACAACCAUGGCAUCCGGCCCCCUCCACCAGAGCAGUACCUCACACCACUGCAGCAGAAAGAGGUGUGUAUCCGACACCUGCGGGCCAGGCUGAAGGAAACCAUCAACACUCUACAAGACAGGGACACAGAGAUAGAUGAGCUGAGAGGCCAGCUUUACAGGAUGCAGGAGGACUGGGUUGAGGAGGAAUGUCACCGUGUUGAGGCUCAGCUGGCCCUGAAGGAGGCGCGUCAGGAGAUCCAGCAGCUUAAACAGGCUGUGGACACUGUUCGCGCCAGUCUCAGUGAUGCUGGGGGGCUCAGCGGGGACAUAGGGGUCCAGAAGUACUUUCAGGACAUCAACACUCAGAACCACAAGCUUGAGAACCUUUUGCUGAGCAUGGACCUAGCCCAGGCUGGAUUAGCCAAGGAGGGGGAAGGCAUUCCUGGCUUUCGGACCCGUGUUGGAGGUUCGGCACCAGCAUCGGUAUCAGGGGAAAGUCCAGGGGGAAUACCCAAACCUGUAGUAGGAGGGAGGGGGUCUUGCUCCUGCGAUGCUUCGCCAGCCCGUUCUCUGACCCGGAGCUCCACUUACACUAAGCUGAGUGAUCAGGCACUUGCGGACCGGAACGGCAAUGGCCUGGACUUUCCUUGUCUAUCAGGUGACGGCACCCAGGACAGCGGCUUUGUGUGCUGUGGGGAGAGCAGCGUCCCCAGUCAGACCGACCUCCUGCUGGAGGCAGCCUUCCUCUCUGAGGAAACAGCAUCUUUACUCAACUCCUACGCACAGACCUUUUCCCAUUCUCUGCCCCAUUCUCUGCCCCACUCUCUGCCCCACUCUCUGCCCCACACUUACUCCCAUACCUUACCUCAUUCUUUCCCUCACAAUUUGUCCCACUCUAUGCCCCACACCAUGCCACACUCCUCCACCUAUGACAAGCUGUGCACAGGUGAGCGGCUAGCGCCCCUUCGUUGUGGCCUAGGUGGAGUGGGCUGUAUGAGCCAUCCCUGCCUAUCCCACCACCACCUCUACCUGCACCCCUUGCGGGAGACAGGCAUUCAGACCGAAAGCUGCCCGGCAGGUUACCCCUCUGAUCUAGAUACCAUUGCGGAGCAACGCACUUUCCGCUCCCAGGCCUGCAGCCCCACCUCUACCUGGAUGUCUGAUGAGGGGGAGGAGGAGCUGGACUCCAUCACCACCACAACUUCAGUAACCACAGCAACGAUGAUGAGUACAGCCACAGAGCCGAUCCUGGUCACUAAAACUCCUCUGGUCCCUCCCUUACCACGGUCCGCCACUGUGGCAUGUUCCAUGGAAAGUCCUCUAUAUGGGGAGGAAGAGGAAAAGCAGGAGAAAGAGAAGGAAGAGAAGGAAGCUGCAGCAAUGGAGCAGCAGGAGGAAACAUCAGUGAUUAGCUUGGCAGAAGAAGAGCAGCAGAUGCAAAUGGGCUCAGAGGGAGCGAAUGAGGCGGAAGUUCAGAGUGCAGCAGACGAGGUAGCACCAGGAAAACCCUGCGAUUUUGCAGAGACGUCAGCAGGGACGCAGUGUGAGCUUCAGUUUGGAGGAUGCUGUGGAGAAGGCAGACAGGGUGGGACGCUGGAAAACCUCAGCAUGGAAGACAGGCAGCAAGAAGUUAGUUUAUCAGCAGGAUCGACCCAGGUAGAGACAGCAGAGCUGAGUCCAGGUAGCCCAGGAUUCUCGCCAGACGUAGAACAGCCUCACACCUCCCAGCCGAGGAGAUCUACUUCCCAUGAGGAGAUAGCUGGUGUCACUGUAGUGGAGUUGCAUGAUGAGAAUGAUGAUGAUGAAGAUGAAACUAAAGAACAAGGCGCCACAGGGGGCGCCACAGCAGAGGAGGGAGAUUCAACCAGCUCUGGGACAAUUGAGAAAAGCUACUGGAGUCGUCACUUCCUGGUUGAUCUGCUGGCAGUGGCCAUCCCUGUGGUGCCAACAGUGGCGUGGUUCUGCCGUGGCCCAAUCCGUGCCGGACAGCCCAUGUAUCAUAUAGGCUCGCUGUUGCGAGGCUGUUGCACUGUGGCGCUCCACUCACUGCGCCGGGGAGGGGGGUUGAGGCAUUACCCUGCAGGCGGGGGUGACCUGGGCGGAUCACAGAUAUAACAGGAGAGUCUGUCUAGCACCUCUGUGGUCCUUAACUACUGCCUCUCCUGUAUGGGUCUUAGCUUGUUGGAAGAUACCUGUAGUGUGAGGAGAGGAAGAGGAAAAACGUGCUGUCCUGCAUUCCUCAUCAAGGUUAAUAGCUGAGGGGAGCAUCAGGAACAGGAAAUGUGCAUUUAUGACUACGAUCUCUGACUAUUAAAAUCUGUUCUGUUUGGUCUGCUCCUUAUUGUCUCUCACCCACUGGUCCUUGCUGUUGAUACCAAGAUGUCUACUAACACUACUGACUUGUGCAAAACUGAAUGAGCUGAUUGAAAUUAAUGAUCUAUGCUUGGAUGUUUAACACUGAUUGUUUUUUUUCUUUUUAAAUGCAGGGAAAUGUUAAAGGUUCAUUGAUCUGUCAACCUACGUGUGUGUGUGUGUGUGUGUGUGUGUGUGUGUGUGUGUGUGUGUGUGUGUGUGUGUCAGCCUUGUGCACAAUUCAGAAUUGAAUUGAGAAUGACUCCUAAAAUGUCAAAAACAGGAUCUAGAAUUACAAUUCGAAUUUAAAUUAAAGGAAGCGGAAUUGCAAUUCAAUAAAAAUUCAUAAUUUAAGUGAAGUGUUUAACAAUGAAGCUUUACAAUAUAUGUCAGAUAUGAGUGCAUUACAUAUUCUAUAAAUGAUAUUAGUUUGAACUACUUGUACAGAUAUUUAAAGGAAAGUUGUUCCCCCAGCAAUGAAUGUUAAAAGCUCUAGUCACAGAACAAAUAAUUAAGUUUGAUUAAUUGUAAUUGUAAUUUUGUGGAACAUGAUGGAACAUGACUGCAUUUCCCAGAAUGCUUUACUUCAACCAAGUAUUUAAAAUGGUUGCCAAACAAUUUGAGGUGGACAUUUGUUUGAAAGCUUCUUUUCUACACACUUUGAUGGUCAAUACUGGACUUUUUAAGUUACAGAAGUCCCUUACAACUUCAGAUUACAAACGUUUAUAGAUUUGACACCUGGAAUCACAGCGACAUGGAAAAUAAUAGCAGGCCUAAAGGGUCAUCUGUUCUAGUUCAUUUUGAAGAAUCAAUUCCAACACAAACACCUGGAAACCACAGAGCCAUAUGCAAGCACUGCAGUGCUCCAGUCUGUGGCUCCAUCAACGCUACUUCAAAUUUCAAAAGGCAUCUUCAAUAAAUUAACAGGCAGACAGUCUUUUAUUUUGAAAAGCAUCUCUUGAUGGUAUUAUGCUACUGAUAUUUGAUAUCAUCAGUGUUGGGGUCACUACUCAAGAACCUGUAAUACACAUUAUUCACUUUAAAAAAACAACAACCAUAAUGCAUUACCUUACUUGUUAUUCUCUAUGGAUAGUAACUCAUUACUCAUUACAUUACUGUAGCGCAACACAGCAAGAGCCAGGCAUAUAGCUCAUAAAGAGCUUAAACACAUUCAGCUCACAACAGUGUUGUGAGCUGAAGGUGUUACAUUAAUGCUGAAGGUGUUACAUUGCUCAGUUACAGCCAAAUGUGAUUAUAUUAUGGCAUUACUUCGUAAGGAGUUACCCCCAACACUGGAUAUGAUAUGUGUUUAAAAGCAUGCAAGCACACCUUUUACUUAUUACUUACAGUAUUGUAAAUCAAGAAAACAAUUCUUGUCAAUUGUGGAAUUAAUAGAAAUAUUUGUUCUCUUAAAGAGUGAUCUAUAUUUUGGAACAAAAUGUAUGCAGGGUUGAGGAGUGACUAGUUACGUGUAAUGAAAUUGUUAUUAAAUUACAAAAUUAAUGUAAUUGUAUUUAGUUGUAUUACAGAGGUAAAAUGUGUAAUUCAAUUAGUUACUAAUCAAAUUAAAAGGAAAUUGCUUUGCAUUGAUAAAGUAAUCCAAACCACAUUUAUAAUGGGUAACUUAUAACAGUAAGCAAUUACAUUUCCAAAGUAACCUUCCUAACACUGAAUGUAUGUGAGAUUCAACACAUUCUUUCUGUUGUGUGACUGUGUGGAAUUUCUUUGAAUUGCCAUGAACUUAAUUCCAUUUCCUGUCAUUCCAAUUCCAAUUCAACUUCCUGUGGGGCGAAGUCAAUUCAAUUCAAAUUUCAAUUCAUGAAUUGAAUGGAGGCCAAUUCUGAAAUUCUGAAUUUUGCACAAGCCUGGUGUGUGUGUGUGUGUGUGUGUGUGUGUGUGUGUGUGUGUGUGUGUGUGUGUGUGUGUGUGUGUGUGUGUGUGUGUGUGUGUGUGUGUGUGUGUGUGUGUGUGUGUGUGUAAGAGUCAAUGUGUAACCAAAUCAGUCAGUUUCAGUGUAACCAAAUGGUCUCGUUGUCUGCAGUGGAUGAGCUACACUGCUCAGUGACUAAGGCAAAAUCCACCCUAAUUCAGACUUCACAUGUGUGUCCUUUGACUGUUUUCUGAGUCUUCAACAUCUUAGAGACUGAAAACAGGGAGGGCAGAUCCAGUGCCUGAAAUGGCCCUUACUUACCAUUACUUUUUGUCCACAUGAGUAUUCUACACUUCAACCACAGUCAAUACUCUUGGAUAUAGAUUAGAGACUGUAUUGUGCAGGAAAUGAAUAACUGUCUUAGCGUGGUUGUUGUCAUAUUGGAUAGAUAGAUAGAAACAUCUGACAAUCGCUUGAUUUUGCUUCUAAAUUCCACUCUCCCAAAGGACACAUCAACAUCUAUUUUUCCUAUCUUUAAAGUUGAUUUCACAAUAGAAGCUGCUCUUUUAGUUCCCUCCACCCAACCAACCAGCAUGCCAAGAAGCCCAGGAUAGCCCGUCUUCACAAUUCUGUUAGCAACACAACAGAACAGUCAAAAACUCAUUACUAAAGUCAGGUCUUGUGAGGGCUUUGUCGCCUCUCGCAAUGAAUGGGAGCUGGUGGCUCCACCCAGCUCACUGUGUUCGGUGUGUUUCUACCCUGAGAUUAUUGAUGAUGAUGAUGAUGAUGAUGAUGAUGAUGAUGAUGAUGAUGAUUAUAUUAUAUCUCGAGAAAUCAAACAAAGCUGAAAAACUCAAACUAAAGUUCAAUGAAUCCCCCAAAGUUGUUCCCCAGUAAAGGUCCCCAGUUAAUUAUCCCUCAUAUUUACAGAUGUAUUCAACUGAGCAGAAAAUGCUACUUAUUUUAUGACUGUAAGGAAACCUCAUAUUUUCUUUUCUUUUUAUCUUCUACAGCCACGGCUUACAUAGUUUCUACUCCUUCACUGUUUCUCUCAACCAUUAAAGGAAUAGUUUGCCAUUUUGGAUAAAUGUGCUUAAUUGCUUUCUUACCGCGAGGUAGAUGAGAAGAUCAAUACCACUCUCGUCUCUGUACUAACUCUGUAUUCUGUAGCUUAGCUUAACAUAAAGACUAGAAGCAGGGGAAACAGCUAGCCUGGCUCUGUCCUAUCCAUCUACCAGCACCGCUAACGCUCACUAAUUCAAUUAAAUCUUGUGUAAUUUGUACACAACCUAAGUGUAAACGACAAGUUGUGGUUUUACAUGGAGUUACGUGCUGGAAGUCUUUGUUCUUGGGUUUCAGGCUACGAGAGAGAGAAUAGAACAACAUGUACAUUCUGUUUUAAGGUGGAUUUUUUUCCCUGUUCUCAGUCAUACGGUUGGUCCUUGUACACUGAAGCUUGCAGUCGAAGCCAAAUCAGCUGAACUAUUGAGUUAUUGAAAAUAAUUGAACUCAAUUUGGGUCGCUUUCAUUUCACAUAACACACGUAGGGAAUGUCUUCAAUUCAUCAAAUCUAAUAGGAAAGUCAUAUAAUGAUCAGACACUUGUUUGUACUGUAGAUACUCACUGGCUCAGUUUGACACUUUGAUGUAGAUCUGAAAGAAGUGAGUUGUGCUCGGUCUGUGCUCUGUGCUGUAUAUUUCUGCUAACUUAAUGCUCUCUUGGUGUAGUUUAACUGUCACUCUGGUAGUGUGUAUUUCAAGUCCACUGUACAAGAGUUAGUCAGUCACUGCGAAUACAUCAACUUGACUUGUUUAAUGGAUCAUUCUGCAAAGCAUUUCUAGACAUGGAGUACUACGUGUUAGUCAACACUCAAAAUGUAAAUCAAUAAGAUAUCUGGGUUGUAAUCGCAUUUAGGAUCAGGGUGUUUACUUUGUGUGAAUGUGUGUUUCUUCAAAGGACUUUAAUGAAAGUGGCACCUGAUGGCAUUUCCCUCUUGUUGCUGAUCUUGUGCAGAUAUUUUAGUCCAUGUGUUAUAAGGGCAAAUAAGCCGACUGCAACUGUCAAAUCGAAAUUUGUCUGAUUGUCUCAUGAGGACUACGUGGAUCAAGAAACACCCUGACACAACCAGCAAAAAAAAAAAAAA